CGAGCAUCAAAACGAGCUGUGGGGUGAUGCCUACACGUACUUGCUGGACACCAACACAACUGUGGUGGAAAUACAAGCCAAUUUGUAUACCGAACUGCUGCAGUUGCCUAACCUUACGCACGCGAGUGUACUUCGUGAUAAUGAGAUGCUGCGACAGUACUGGCUGCCAGCAAAUACCUACAGCGUCAUAUGCAGCGACGGCAUCUACACCAUCACCAAGGCCAGACCCAUCGACCAACUUAAGAAGAUUAUGUUGGACGAAACUCUGGCAGAGAAAUAUACCGCACAGUCACAUCACGAUGCUGCAAUGCUGAUUGCGUUGAUAUGUGAAGCCGAUCUUGACACGGCUGUUGUUCAGUGUAUGCUCAAGGCAUUCUUCUCAGCCACUGAACCGCCACUGACGGAUGCUCUCUCUAUAUACCGAACUGUCCCUCCCCCGAGCACGUACAACAACUACCCCAAUACUACCUUUAAUAAUCCUACCUACGGUAGCUCUAUCAACACAACACCUGUGCACAUUGAUGGCUUGGCGCUGUAUGUCAAACGGCUGCUAACUCCCAUUCAG